GUUGUGUUUGGCUUUAACGUCUUAAUCAACAACAAUCAUGUCUGGGCGUGGAAAGGGAGGGAAGGGAUUGGGAAAAGGAGGAGCAAAACGUCACCGUAAGGUGUUGCGCGAUAACAUUCAGGGAAUUACAAAGCCAGCGAUUCGGCGUUUGGCUCGUAGGGGUGGCGUGAAGCGUAUCAGCGGUCUCAUCUACGAGGAGACUCGCGGUGUUCUUAAGAUCUUUUUGGAGAACGUGAUUCGCGAUGCUGUUACCUACACUGAGCACGCCAGAAGAAAGACCGUUACUGCUAUGGAUGUUGUUUAUGCACUCAAGAGGCAGGGAAGGACCCUCUACGGAUUUGGGGGUUAGGGUUUCCCUUUUAUUUGCUUUGUUGAUUUUCAUGGGUUUUCUGGGUGAGGAAAAGUCUUGCUGUCAAGAAAACAAAGGCAAGGAUUGGAUGAGAUUGGAUUGUUGGUGGUGUUUUUGAAAAAAAUUAAAAAACGAAAAAUAGUAGCAAUUAUAUGUAUUUGUGUAAUAGGUAGUUUGCUUUUUCCUUGCUAUUCUUGUUAUGUAAUGUAACUACUGUGUUGCAAUGUAGAACCGUUUCAA